AUGGGUCCCUUCACUCGGUCUCGAGCCACGUCGGCGGAUUCUAGAGCGGUUGCCCCGAAAUCUCGAACUGCUAUUGAGCCUUCUGCGUCGCAGAAUCUAGCAGGUAUUCUGGCUUACCUGGACGAUGGCGCCAACGUGCACGGCAGGGACGCCAAGUCUCUACGCGACGCGACGGUUUCGGAGCGUAGCAAGGAAGCCACGGCUCAAAUCACAAGAUAUGCAGAAGAGUGGAAACGGCUAACAGCACAAAUCGAAGAGCAGACGAAGGAACUGCAGGAUUGGAAGGAGGAAAGAAAAGAACACUCGCGGUCGAGCAGUCCAAGGACGGGUUGCAAGAGGAGACAUGGAGGUUUCGAAAUCCCGCCCUCGGAAUUACAGAGGUAUGAAAGAAUACUGGAUCAGAGCGAGAAAGAGCUGACGGAAAUCGACGAUUUUCUCAGUCGAAAUGUGGUCAAAGAUAGACGUUUCGGCAGCAGGAACAUGAAGGAAGGUGAGGGAGGAAUGACCUGCGUGUAUUGUAAGGAGGAUCGAGUUGUUGAAAUCGGAAAACAGAUGUAUGGUAUGCCUGGAAUUCCAUUUUGCACCAAAGUGCCCUAG